GAGGGUUGUCACUAAGAGGAGGAGGCUGCCUUAAUGUGCAAAUUCAGGGGCCAGCCCUCAGCUUUCCCCUGCUAUCUCUGAAGGCCUCGACCUGCUUUUUCUUGAUCACUUCCUGGCCCUGGGAUGGCAGCUACAUGGCAGGGAUGGCUGCUCUGGGCCCUGCUCCUGAAUUCGGCCCAGGGGGAGCUAUACACACCCACUCACCAAGCUGGCGUCUGCACCUUUUAUGAAGAGUGUGGGAAGAACCCAGAGCUCUCUGGAGGCCUCACAUCACUAUCCAAUGUAUCCUGCCUGUCUAAUACCCCGGCCCGCCAUGUCACAGGUGACCAUCUGGCUCUUCUCCAGCGCAUCUGUCCCCGUCUAUACAAUGGCCCCAAUAACACCUUUGCCUGCUGCUCUACCAAGCAGCUGUUGUCAUUAGAAAGUAGCAUGUCUAUCACCAAGGCCCUCCUCACACGCUGCCCAGCCUGCUCUGAGAACUUUGUGAGCUUACACUGCCAUAACACCUGCAGCCCUGACCAGAGCCUCUUCAUCAAUGUCACCCGCGUGGUUGAGCGGGGUGCUGGUCAGCUUCCUGCUGUGGUGGCCUAUGAGGCCUUUUACCAACGCAGCUUUGCAGAGAAGGCCUAUGAGUCCUGUAGCCAGGUGCGCAUCCCUUCAGCUGCCUCACUGGCUGUGGGAACCAUGUGUGGAGUGUACGGCUCUGCCCUUUGCAAUGCUCAGCGCUGGCUUAACUUCCAAGGAGACACAGGGAAUGGCCUGGCUCCACUGGACAUCACCUUCCACCUCUUGGAGCCUGGCCAGCCCGUGGCAGAUGGGAUGCAGCCACUGAAUGGGAAGAUCACACCCUGCAACGAGUCCCAGGGUGACGAUUCGGCAGUCUGCUCCUGCCAGGACUGUGCAGCAUCCUGCCCUGUCAUCCCUCCACCCCAGGCCUUGCGCCCAUCUUUCUACAUGGGUCAAAUGCCGGGCUGGCUGGCUCUCAUCAUCAUCUUUACUUCUGUCUUUGUGGUGCUCUCUGCUGUCCUUGUGCGCCUCCGAGUGGUUUCCAACAGGAACAAGAACAAGACAGCAGGCUCCCAGGAAGCUUCCAAACUCCCUCGUAAGCACAGAUGCUCACCUCAUGCUGUCCUUGGCCGGUUCUUCCAGAGCUGGGGCACGAAGGUGGCCUCAUGGCCACUCACCGUUUUGGCACUGUCCUUCAUAGUUGUGAUAGCCUUGUCAGCAGGCUUGACCUUUAUAGAGCUUACCACAGACCCUGUAGACCUGUGGUCAGCUCCCAAAAGCCAAGCCCGGAAAGAGAAGGCUUUCCAUGAUGAGCAUUUUGGCCCCUUCUUCCGAACCAACCAGAUUUUUGUGACAGCUAAGAACAAGUCCAGCUACAAGUACGACUCCUUACUGCUAGGACCCAAGAACUUCAGUGGGAUCCUGUCCCUGGACUCACUCCUGGAGCUGCUGGAGCUACAGGAAAGGCUUCGCCACCUGCAAGUGUGGUCCCAGGAGGCACACCGCAACAUCUCCCUACAGGACAUCUGCUAUGCCCCCCUCAAACCGUAUAACACCAGCCUCUCUGAUUGCUGUGUCAACAGCCUCCUUCAGUACUUCCAGAAUAACCGCACGCUCCUGUUGCUCACGGCCAACCAGACUCUGAAUGGCCAGACCGCCCUGGUGGACUGGAAGGACCAUUUCCUGUACUGUGCAAAUGCCCCUCUCACAUACAAAGAUGGCACGUCUCUGGCUCUGAGCUGCAUAGCUGACUACGGGGCCCCUAUCUUCCCCUUUCUUGCUGUUGGGGGAUACCAAGGGACGGACUACUCCGAGGCAGAAGCGCUGAUCAUAACCUUCUCUCUCAAUAACUACCCCGCUGACGAUCCCCGCAUGGCCCAGGCCAAGCUCUGGGAGGAGGCUUUCUUGAAGGAAAUGGAAUUGUUCCAGAACAGCACAGCUGACAAGUUCCAGGUUGCAUUCUCAGCUGAGCGCUCGCUGGAGGAUGAGAUCAACCGCACCACCAUCCAGGACCUGCCUGUCUUUGCCGUCAGCUACAUUAUCAUCUUCCUGUACAUCUCCCUGGCCCUGGGCAGCUACUCCAGAUGUAGCCGAGUAGCGGUGGAGUCCAAGGCUACUCUGGGCCUAGGUGGGGUGGCUGUUGUGCUGGGAGCAGUCGUGGCUGCCAUGGGCUUCUACUCCUACGUGGGUGUCCCCUCCUCUCUGGUUAUCAUCCAAGUGGUACCUUUCCUGGUGCUGGCUGUGGGAGCUGACAACAUCUUCAUCUUUGUUCUAGAGUACCAGAGGCUGCCUAGGAUGCCUGGGGAACAGCGAGAGGCUCACAUUGGCCGUACCCUGGGCAGUGUGGCCCCCAGCAUGCUGCUGUGCAGCCUCUCUGAGGCCAUCUGCUUCUUUCUAGGCGCCCUGACCCCCAUGCCAGCAGUGAGGACCUUUGCCUUGACCUCUGGCUCAGCAAUCAUCCUCGACUUCCUACUCCAGAUGACUGCCUUUGUGGCCCUGCUCUCCCUGGAUAGCAAGAGGCAGGAGGCCUCUCGCCCUGACAUCUUAUGCUGCUUUUCAAACCGGAAGCUGCCCCCACCUAAACAAAAUGAAGGCCUCUUACUCCGCUUCUUCCGGAAAAUAUACGCUCCCUUUCUGCUGCACAGAUUCAUCCGCCCUGUUGUGCUGCUGCUGUUUCUGGUCCUGUUUGGAGCAAACCUCUACUUAAUGUGCAACAUCAGCGUGGGGCUGGACCAGGAGCUGGCUCUGCCCAAGGAUUCCUACCUGAUAGACUACUUCCUCUUUCUGAACCGAUACUUUGAAGUGGGGCCUCCAGUGUACUUUGACACCACCUCGGGCUACAACUUCUCCAGUGUGGCAGGCAUGAAUGGCAUCUGCUCUAGUGCAAGCUGUGACAGCUUCUCCCUAACCCAGAAAAUCCAGUAUGCCAGUGAAUUCCCUAACCAGUCUUACAUAGCUAUUGCUGCGUCCUCCUGGGUAGAUGACUUCAUCGACUGGCUGACCCCAUCCUCCUCCUGCUGCCGCCUUUAUGUCAGUGGCCCCCAUAAGGAUGAGUUCUGUCCCUCAACGGAUACUUCCUUCAACUGUUUCAAAACCUGCAUAAACCGCACUCUGGGUCCCGUGAGGCCCACAGUAGAACAGUUUCAUAAGUAUCUGCCCUGGUUCCUGAAUGAUGUGCCUAACAUCAGGUGUCCUAAAGGGGGUCUAGCAGCAUACAGAACCGCUGUGAAUUUGAGCUCAGAUGGCCAGGUUAUAGCUUCCCAGUUCAUGGCCUACCACAAGCCCUUAAGGAACUCACAGGACUUUACAGAAGCUCUCCGGGCGUCCCGGUUGCUAGCAGCCAAUAUCACAGCUGAACUACGGAAGGUGCCUGGGACAGAUCCAAACUUUGAGGUCUUCCCUUACACGAUCUCCAACGUGUUCUACCAGCAAUACCUGACAGUUCUCCCUGAGGGAAUCUUCACUCUUGCUCUCUGCUUUGUGCCCACCUUUGUUGUCUGCUACCUCCUACUGGGUCUGGACAUGCGCUCAGGCAUCCUCAACCUGCUCUCCAUCAUUAUGAUCCUCGUGGACACCAUCGGCCUCAUGGCUGUGUGGGGUAUCAGCUACAAUGCUGUGUCCCUCAUCAACCUUGUCACGGCAGUGGGCAUGUCUGUGGAGUUUGUGUCCCACCUCACCCGGUCCUUUGCUGUAAGCACCAAGCCUACACGGCUGGAAAGGGCCAAAGAUGCUACUAUCUUCAUGGGCAGUGCGGUGUUUGCUGGAGUGGCCAUGACCAACUUCCCAGGCAUCCUCAUCUUGGGCUUUGCUCAGGCCCAGCUUAUACAGAUUUUCUUCUUCCGCCUCAACCUCCUGAUCACCUUGCUGGGUCUGCUGCAUGGCCUGGUCUUCCUGCCCGUUGUCCUCAGCUAUCUGGGGCCAGAUGUUAACCAAGCUCUGGUACUGGAGGAGAAACUAGCCACCAAGACAACAGUGGCCUCAGAGCCUUCUUGCCCACAGUACCCCUUCCCUGCUGAUGCAAACACCAAUGACUAUGUUAACUACGGCUUUAAUCCAGAAUUUACCUCUGGAGCUAAUGCUGAUAGCAGCUCUUUGCCCAAAAGUGACCAAAAGUUCUAAUGGAGUAGGAGUUUGUUCAGGCUCCAUGGUUCUUGCUGAUGAGGGGCAAGAGGGUCUUCCUUCUGGUUGUCCUUGAGGCCUGGGGGAGGUUGUUCCGGAAAAAAAAUGGCUGGCAUUCCUGUCAUGAGGCAACCAGCAGCAUUGGCAGUGGCCACUUUGCUCUCAUAGGUUCCUGAGGCCUUGGUCAGAUGACCUCCUCUGUAGAGAGAAUGUCUUGAAUAUUGUAUGGAUGCAUCACCUGUCAAUUAAAAAGGCUAUGGCCUAUGGCUUAGGCAAGAAAUAGGGUGUGGAACAUUCAGGAGAAGAGAGAAUUCUGGGAUAAAGCCAGGAGAGAGACUCACCUGGGGAAAAUGUGACAAUGGCACCUGAGCACAGGUAAUCAGCCAUGUGGCAGAAUGUAGAUAAACAUAAAUGAGUUAUAUUAAGUUAUAGUUUUAGCUGGAGAAGAGCCUAGCUAUAUGGCCAAGGUAUUUGUAAAUA